AAAGAUAAAUAUAGAGGCAGUAUUUCACACAUAUUUAACCGCAAACGUUUUGCGCGGCUGUUCAAAAUGAACCGUAGUUGUAUGAGGAUCUAUGUACUGUACUACUGCAGUAGUACUACUACUUCCUCUACUACGCAGUAUUUCCAUUUACUGCGCUGUCUUUGUCCUCAGUGAGUGUCGUUACAUUUUAUCCUUGAAGUCGAGCUGAACGGCCAGAUUUUUUUUAUUUAUUUAUUAUAUCCCCAUGCCACCCAAGAGAGACGCUGGAACGACUUCAGCACACCCGCCAAUGAAGAUGAUAAAGAUCGGCACAGAGUCACAGGAGUUUGGCUGUGAUCCAGUGGAGGAUAAGUACAGGCUGGCUGACGAGCCCAGCUACUCACCUUUUCCCAACAAUGAGAGUGAAACCAUUGAAUUUGACGAUGAAAAUGUUGCAAGUCCAGGCAUCAGAACAGACACCAUCAGUCUCCUCAUGAAAAUAGAGCAACUGCAGGCACAACUCAAGUAUGAACGCAGGUGUAGAAUUUUGGCAGAGAGAGAGCUGAGGGAGCUGAAAGAGAUGAACACUCUCAUGAUGCAGAUGAGGCACACAGCACAUGAACUACGAGUCACCCUGGAUCACGUUCUCCAGGGAGGCGAGGCAACAGCUGCACCACAAAACUCUCAAGAUGAAACCCUCUCUUUCCUGACUGAGCCUGAGGCAGAGAUGAGAGCGGUCCAUAAUAUCCCAGAGGACGACCUCAACUUCCUGUUUCUCGCUGAAAAUCUUCGAGUACCAAAAAAUCUUUAUGAGCGCAUUGCAGAGAUUGCAGACUACAAGAAGUACACUUCAGCGCUGCUGAUGAUACUUUUUGACAGAGAGACGUUGGCCACACACUCUCUGCAGGGCCGGAGGAACACCUUUACAGGAGAGGAUUGUCACAAGCCUCAACUCCCACCUGACAUCUUGAGAAGUAUAAUUGAUCAUGUGGCAGCCAAGUUCGGUGUUGAUAGCAGCCAAAUAAAAACUGCAAUCCGGACAAAGUUGAAUAACGAGGACAAACUAUUAAAGAAGAGGCUGGGAUUGGGUAAAGCUGAAAACAAAGCGAUUAUUGAUCAAAGCUUUUGCCAAGAUGCUUCACUGCUGCCUGAAAAUGAAACAAUGAGAAAUGACUCUCAAUUAUAGGAUUUCAAGUCUGCCAUCAUUUGUUUAUCACCAGUUAUUAAUUUCUGAUAGAAAUGUGUGAGAAGUUACCUUUUUAAAAAAAAAAAAAAAAAAAAUCCACAUCUAGUUUAUUCAGUAUUGAAAUCAACUUUUUUUUUUUUUCUUUUUUUUUUUUUAACCUUGACUGUUUUUGUCUGUUGUACUUUAUGUUUGAAAAGUGUAAAGUUUAACCUGGUGACCCAACCAAGCCGUUGAGCAACACUAUAAAAUGUCACGUAUAAUCGUCAGUGGUGGAACUAGGAACUGAGAGUUCUUAUUUAAUCUGAGGUAGUAAGUGGAUGUGUCCAAAUAACAGGUCUGUGAAGUUGAUCAUUCUUACUGCAUUUUAAUCAGCUGGCCUUUGUGUGUUUGAAAGUAGGAGAUGUUUAAAAUAACAGAGCGCUCAUCUGUACCUUGUUGUUCACAACAAAUCGUGCUUUACAUCACGUGAUAUUGUCUUUCUAGAACUUUUUGUUGCCGUUUUAGAAUAAGCCUGAAGAGAUAAUUAAUCUUCCUGCAUCCACAACACCAGUUACACCACAUCUCUGUUUGUUGUGCUUCACUACGUAAGGGCCAAUAAACUUUUUGAGCUGA